AUGGCGGCUCAAACAACGGCAGAUGAAGUCUGCAAACUUGCUUACGAAGGAAAUUUUGGCAUUUUGAGAAUAAAGCUAGAAAAUUAUAGGUCACUUGCCUCGAAAAAAGACACGGAAAGUCAUGCUGAUAUUGUUGUUUUUGUGGGUAAUGUUUAUUUAGGCUCUCCUUUAAAUAACGCUCUGAUGAUUGCUUCCUCCGCUGGACGCACACAAAUUGUCUACGAUCUGCUGGGCCAUGGUGCACAGGUGAAUGCGGUCAACAACAACGGUCAAAGUUCACUUCAUUAUGCAGCUUCCAAGGGACACUUAGAGAUUUGUGAGGCCCUGGUCAAGUACGGUGCGGAUAUUGAAUGUGUGGAUUCUCUAGGACACACUCCGCUACACAGAGCUGCUAGCAGAGGCAACUUGAGCAUUGUUAAGUUCCUGAUCGCACACGAUGCACCGCUGGAUCUCAGGGAUGCUACCGGAUGCACGCCUUUACACCUGGCAUGUGAAGAUGGCAAUGGUGAAGUGGCUAGGCUUCUUAUCGAUCAUGGAGCAAGAACAGACAUCAGAAAUAAUGAGAAACAGACGGCUUUUGAGCUGGCCCCCCGUGCACUGAAGCGCAGCUUGCAAAGCAGCUUGGAUCGAUGA